AUAGAGAGCUCAGUGAGCUGAUCAGAGAGAAAGCAUUCUGCCAGCCCGGCUCCUACCAAUCGCAAAUCACUUCCUAACCUCCGCCUUUUUAACAUAUUUGAUCACUUUGAUUCUUUUCUCCUCUUUCCGAUUAUUUUUCGGCGCACAGAGGAGGUUGCUGGGUUGUGAUCUUUGCAUUUUAUUUUGUUUUGUUUGUCGCUGUUUUCCUGGAGGGGGAGACUUGUCUUCAUAUUCAAAAUCUCUCCAGAAACAUUGGCUUCAUCUGCGCGCUUGGCUGGCGCAACCUCACUAGGAGAAAAGGGAAGAAGAGGCAUUUUUUCUUCCUCUUUUUUUUUUUUUUUUUUUUUUUUUUUUUUUUGCUUCUUCUCCCCAACCAGUUUUCUCCAAGACUUGUGCUGGAACUUGAUAGUAGCUGCUCACCAAUUGUUUCAUGCUGCUGCUGCUGCGGGAGUGGUCUCCUCAGCCGGCUCCAUCCGUCCCUGAUCGGUCCAUGCUGCCUCGGUCGAGUUUUCUGAAACCUCCAUCCUACCUUUCCCCAUUGAUGGGCAUGCUGGAUGGCUGGCUGUAAGCGCCCCUGGACUUGGCCUUUAAGCGCAAGGCAGCCGCUCAGCUCGCCGUCGCAUCACUUCUGAAAACGUGUGCCUCCCAGCGUCUCCAACAGCAAUAACCCGAGAGUUUUCGGGGAGAUUCCGGGUGGAUUCAUCGUCGGCUGCGUUUGACAUUCUCCGUGUCCGCCUGUUAGUCCCAGUUUGCCGCGUUUCCUUAAGACAUCCUCCACCGCGACACCAAAACGGCAGACAAAAAGUUUCUUUCCGUUGACUGAUAGAUAUGGCAAUGGUAGCGUGGAGAGGCUCCCAGGACGAUGUGGCUGACACCCAAGGCGCCCUUUCCUCGCAAACACAAGGAGGACUAUCCCUUCCCACCCCUCAACCAGGCCAGUUGAACCUGACAGCCUCUCAGAUCGCCCCUCCGACCCCUCAGACCCCGGUCCAGGGACCCCCGAACAACACGCAGUCCACGCCGACGAACCAGACGACGCAGCAGUCGGAGAAACAACCGCAGCACAUCGAGUGCGUGGUGUGCGGGGACAAAUCCAGCGGCAAACACUAUGGCCAGUUCACCUGCGAGGGGUGCAAAAGCUUCUUCAAGCGGAGCGUACGACGGAACCUCACUUACACAUGCCGUGCCAACAGGAAUUGUCCAAUCGACCAGCACCACCGCAAUCAGUGUCAGUACUGCCGCCUCAAAAAAUGCCUUAAGGUCGGCAUGAGACGGGAAGCCGUGCAAAGGGGACGGGUGCCACCCACACAGCCACACCACGGUCAGUUCGCCUUGACAAAUGGAGACCCACUCCACUGCCAUUCCUACUUAUCCGGAUAUAUCUCUCUUCUGUUGAGAGCGGAGCCUUACCCGACGUCCCGCUAUGGCAGCCAGUGCAUGCAGCCCAACAACAUUAUGGGCAUCGAGAACAUUUGUGAACUUGCUGCCAGGAUGCUCUUCAGCGCCGUGGAGUGGGCCAGGAAUAUUCCCUUCUUCCCGGACCUGCAGAUCACAGACCAGGUGGCUCUGCUGAGGUUGACGUGGAGUGAGUUAUUCGUCCUCAACGCAGCGCAGUGUUCCAUGCCCCUGCACGUGGCUCCUCUCCUGGCGGCUGCUGGCCUCCAUGCGUCCCCCAUGUCCGCGGACAGAGUGGUGGCCUUUAUGGACCACAUUAGGAUCUUCCAGGAACAAGUGGAAAAGCUGAAAGCUUUGCACGUUGACUCUGCUGAAUAUAGCUGCUUAAAGGCCAUUGUGCUCUUCACCACAGAUGCUUGUGGCCUGUCAGAUGUGGCCCAUGUGGAAAGUUUGCAGGAGAAGUCCCAGUGCGCCCUGGAGGAAUAUGUCCGGAGCCAGUAUCCCAACCAGCCAACACGGUUUGGGAAGUUGUUACUCCGCUUGCCUUCCCUCCGCACAGUCUCUUCCUCGGUCAUUGAACAGUUAUUUUUCGUCCGAUUGGUAGGUAAAACCCCAAUUGAAACUCUCAUCAGGGAUAUGUUGCUGUCGGGGAGCAGUUUUAACUGGCCUUACAUGUCAAUCCAGUAAAAGCAAGAAGGAGACAAACUAACAAAAGGUGGGGAGGGAGUGGGGGGGGCUGCGAGACUACAAUGAUUAUAGCUGCUUUUGUGGGAGGCAUAAAAAAAAACCAACCGGCUGUUACACGGGGCUGGCUUUUAUGAAGAAAGACAUUGAGACUGUGAAUCCCCCCACACACACACCAUCACACACACUAUGGGAAAGAAAAAGAAAAAUUAAGACAUUCACUGAACUUUCAAAACUCCCAGUGUUCAUGCAGAGCAACCUGCUUCGAUUCAUUUUUUAAUGAAAGAAGAAAAUUGCAAAAAAAUGGAGAAGUGGUUUUUGUUGAUCCUUAUAAGGAAUUUUAAGUAUUAAGUGCAUUUAAAAUGGAAAAUUUGGGUAUAAAAAGAAAAAAAAAGUGCAGAGAGGGGAAAAAAUCCUGAUUUUUUUUUCUCAAUGACUUGUCCUGUGUCCAUGUAUAGCUGUGUUUUGUACUUUCUUUGUUCCUCCUUUCUGGUUCCAAACCGGCCUAUGUGGUUUCUGUAGUACAGGUGGUGUUCUUUUGUAAGGCGAGGAUUUAUUUUGAAAUGGUGAAAUGAUGUAAAAUAUAAAAUAAAACCAAUAGUUCUAAAAAAAAAGAAUUAAAACCACAGCAAUAGGAGAAUUUAGGCUUAUGAUCUAGGCUUAAUGCUGCAAGCGCACUUAUCAACCAUCUGGGGGGGAAACGAGAUGUUUCUGGACUUUUUGUUUAACUUAAUGACCCCACGGAAACGUGUUUUUCAUUUUUGUCAUUGCAAAUUUUCAGGAUUCAGUUGGACCUUUUACUAAAACAAGAUUAGCUCAACCAACAUUUUCUCUUUUUACCUGAUUAAUUGAUACUUUUUAUGAUUCAUGGAAUAUCAAUAUGCUCUUCUCAAAUUGGAUUUCAAAAAUUAUUUUAUCAUAAAUUUUCAAAUUUUAAACAAAAACUACAGCUAAAGAUUUAGGAAAAUGGAUGAAAUGUUUCUUAAUUUGUAUUUAUUUGUUUUGGGGUGCUUGUAAACAUCAUCAUUUUUACAGGAUUUGAAUAAUUUGGCCAAUAAAGGAUUUCUGUUCACGCCAUCCGCCUGUAAAACGUCUGGCACUCAUUCUCAAAUUGGAUUCUAUUUAAAAAGCAGAAAAUUUUUUAGAGCAGGUGUGAUAAAAAAAAAUACAAAUAAAUGUUGCUCUUAAUGCAUUCUGCAAUAAAGAGCAUUCUCUAAAAACUUUCAGAGGUCAGGGGUCAUCCAUUUCUUUGAAGUCUAGCCAGAGUAGUGUUUAAUCGCAGUAUUAUUACAGCGUCCUGAAAUGUCACCCUUUAUUCACUUCAAGCAUUAAGUGCCUGACAAGCAUGAUGUGAUAUCUUAUCAAAACGUUGUUAGAGUAGACCUGCAGCAUAUUUUUUUUUUAUCAUUUUUUAUUUUUGGGGGGUGGGGGUGGGGGGUGCACAAUUAGACUUUCAGCAUACUUCACUUGAAAACACUGAUUUAGAGGCAGUAUUCUUGUAAAUAUAGGUCAGUUCAUUCAACAAGUUUUUUUUCUUUAUACAAAGUAUAUGUGAUUAAGAAAAAAUCUGUGGUUGCCAUUUUUUUCUCGGUAAUACAACGUCUUCAGAAUUGAGUGGCAGACUUAGCUAGUAGCACUGAAAGUUCUGUUUUUAAUGUAUAUACAUAUUACUACAAAAUGUUUUUCUUUUUCAUGUAUAUUUAGACUGUGAAUGCAUGGCCACAGGUCGCUAACCUAUUUUACCUUUGAUAUAUAAAUGUAAAUGUUUUCUCUCUUCCUCUCCUUUUAUUUUAUUUUUGACUGUAUAGAUAUAAUCUGUGCAUUCAGUACACGCUAGCCCUUGUAUUUAUGAAACAGACAAAAAAAAUGAAAAAAAAACCUAAACUACGUCCAUUAUUAUUAUUAUUAUUAUUAUUAUUAUUAUUAUUAUUAUUAGGCUGCAGAAUUAAACAGGGUGAGCAGGCAUAUGGAGAAAGAAAAAGGAGCUGAUGUUUAGUGUUACUGCUCCUUUUUGACAGGUUCCGUGAUGUGUGUGUGUGUGUGUGUGUGCGUGUGUGAGCGUGCGUGCGUGUGAAUGUGUGCGUGUAUUUGGAAGCUGCAUUUUGUCCUUGUUUUGGGGCUUUUCUUCAACACACACAAAAACACCAUGUUGUUGGAUGAAUCGAAGGAGGACUGAACACUGAUCUUUGGCUGCUCGCGGCCACGUGUGGACCAGAGAAUGAUAAAUGAUUGUAAUUAUGAACAGUUUAAACUGACCCACGUUUUUAUAUAAAUAUAUAAAAAUAUAUGACUGCAGGGUAUUGAUAACGUAUAGAUACUUUUUUUAUGAUCAUCAUUUUAUUAUUAUUAUUAUUAAUUGCAAGUGAUAUAUGUGAGUGUGCGUGAAAGUUUAUAGUUGAACACAAUUCUUGUUUUGUUUGUGUUAGCUUAUUGUAAACAAGCAUUCUGCUGUAAAUUUGUUCUUGGUAUUAAAUUAUAAUUUAUGAAUUUGAAAAAAAA